AUGAUCAUCACCUCAUCCGAUGGUGAGAGUGUCUACAAUAUGGUGCUGCGAGCGUACCAAUUGAACAAUCAACUCGGCCAACACCAUGUCUGCGAUAAGUCACUCAUCAACUUUAUAUGUACAUCACGCUUCGGACCAAGGUGUAGUAUUGUGAGUGAGCUGAGGUUCAAGGACUCAUCAUGGCCACUCUACGUUCAUGGCACCAAGAUACCAUUCGUCAGUCUGAUGUUUGGAGCAAAGUUGGAAGAUUUGGCAGUGAUGAUGCUCAAGGUGCCAGGACUGCCGCCAGUGGACAAGAUGGUCAUCGAAUUGAAUCAGUGGUUCGUAUGGAGUAACGAGAUGCCCUUGUUCAAAAAGAAAUCUGAGACCUGGUUUAAGACAAUCACCGAGUUGCCAUGUGAUCGUGUCUCACUAUUGGACAUCUUCAUGAUUACUGGAGAAUUGGACUUGAUCAAACAUCUUCUCACUACCUAUGGCUUGAAGUGGAUCACGAGAUAUUCCGAGAAACUAAUCGAGCGUCGCAGCCCAGAGGAUCAGAAGAUGAUCAGAUCAUAUGUGUCAGAUCUGGAGAUGUUCGUGGGUCGCGGUGGAGGUGGAAAGGCUUCUUCCAAAUCAACGUCAAAGAAGAAGAAGAAGAGUGCCAAGACCAAACAGAAGUCACAAUCACAAUCACCUCCACUAGUGGAUCACACUCAACCAUUGGACAGCAAUAACAUUGAGUCAAUGUCCAUAUCCGAUGUACAUGUUCAAUCACAGAAUCCACCUCCUGCCACAACAGCAAGCGCACCACCACCAUCACAAUUGCAACAGUCACCUGCUAUUCCCGAACCAUUGUCAUUGGAGAAGUAUGAGAGUACAGUGGGCAAGUUCAAGUUCAGCAGGAAGAUGAUCAUUGGACGUGGAAGCAAUGGUACUCUGGUGUACAAGGGUGUGUGGUGUGACAAGGUGCCUGUGGCAAUCAAACAGAUGAACAAAGGAUUCAACACACUCAUCGAUAAGGAGGUGAACAUCCUCAUUCAACUGACAGCACUCUCCAGUGCCACAGACAACUUGGUGAGAUUCUUUGGAAUGGAGGAGGACGAUCACUUUGUCUACCUCGCGACGUCACUGUGUGAGAUGUCACUUCAAGAACUGGUGGAGUCUCACAAGGAUCGAUUCCAAUCAUUGAACAAACAGACAUUGAUCAAUGAUAUCAUCAAUGGUGUUCGAUUCCUACACAAUGAUAAGUUCAUCCACAACGAUCUCAAUCCUCGCAACAUCCUGUUCAAAGACAACCACCUGUUCAUCACUGACAUGGGACUGAGCAAGAUGUCCGUUGAGACAUCAUUCGCAUUCACUCAUGCUCCAAGUGGUCAAGGUGGCUAUUUCCCAGCUGAGGUCAUCAACAACCAGCGAAAGACCAACUCUGUCGAUAUCUUCUCACUUGGAUGUUUGAUGUAUUACAUCCUCACUGAUGGUGGUCAUCCAUUCGGUGACAAUCUCCCUCUAAGAGUGUCAAAGAUAAUAUUUGAUCAGUUCGACAUCCAACAACUCACUGAUCAACCAUGUGCCACCGACCUCAUCACACAAAUGAUAUCACAUGAUCCGUCUACUCGACCAUCAAUCACCAGUGUGAUCAAUCAUCCAUUCUUCUGGGACAUCAACAAGAGACAAUCAUUCAUCAUCCGAGUGUCACAGACCGUCCAGAAUCAACCACACACUUUCCUCAACAUAACAAUCGAUAAACAAAGAUUCCUUCGUCAAUCAUGGAACAUGUCAAUCGAUUCCAAACUCUUGGAUCAACUCAAUCAAGACAACAGCAAGACAUCGACAUUCUUCACAUCACAGGAACAUGUAUUCCAAUACUUUGAACAACGACAUCCAACACUUGUACUUCACCUCUAUCAACGAUUGAUGGAAACAGACGACUCUAAAUCAAAUAACCUCAAGGAGUUCUUUGCCAACUCUUGA